CUUCGAUUACAUCGAGUGGGGGCUGGGGCUGUGGCCUGUGGCUCUCUUCCCAAAUAAUUCGACAGGGCCAGUCCCCGACGGGCAAUCGCCAGAAAAUGAUGUGGAUCGCCACCCAGCUCACUCUGUGCCUGUGCAUGCUUUCUGGCAUGAUGGGGGUGAUGGCCACCGGUAAAGAUUGGGAUAUGGCCAGCUUCUAUCUGUACACACCCAACGAUCCCGACAAUUCCCACAGGCUGUACACCAACGAUUCGGCAUCGGUUAUUGCCUCAAACUUUGAUGUGAACCGCCCAACGAAGGUCAUCAUACAUGGCUGGAGCGUAACGUAUCUGGAUGAACCCGUCAGUCUGCUGCGCUACGCCUACCUGGCGCGUGGCCAGUUCAACAUCAUCGCCGUGGACUGGGGUAUGAUUGCAGCAAUGAUGUACGUGGAGGCCAGGCCGCUGGUACCGGGCGUGGGCAAGUCUGUCGCACAUUUCCUUUACUUUCUGGCCAAGGAAUUCAGCCUGGAUCUGGCCCAAGUGGUGUUGGUUGCCCACAGCAUGGGCGCCCAUGUGGCCGGCUUCUGUGGCAAGGAGCUGCACACGAUAAGCAAUGGCAGGCAUAGUCUGGGCUAUAUUGUUGCCUUGGAUCCGGCCCUGCCACUGUUCCUCCUGCCCACUGAAAGCAUGCAUCUGGCCAGCACCGAUGCCGACUAUGUGGUCGCCAUUCACACAAACGGACUGGUGAAGGGACAGCUAUUGCCGAUGGGUCACAGCGACUUCUAUGCCAAUGGCGGCAAGAGGCAGCCCGGCUGCGGUUUGGAUUGGAACAACAGCUGUGCCCAUGCCCGUGCCGUCUUUUUGUAUGCGGAGGCAGUAAGCCACGUAUCCCGCUACUCGCCCUACGGUCACUGCAGCGGAUACGUUCAGUUUCUACUCCUGGUCGGCACGUGCAAUGGCGUUGCCCCGGAGAGCGUUGCGCUGGGUGAUCCCCUGGAGGUUGGCCGCGCAAAGGGCAUCUAUAGCUUCAGCACCAAUGCGGAGAGUCCGUACGGGCAGCCAUUUUAGAAUCCAAUAAAGGUUUCGUUACUUUGA